AUGUCGGAAGCUGAAGUUGCCCCAACCCCCGCCGCUGCCCCAGUCGCUGCCGCCGCUGGUUUCACCGUCGAGACCGCCGUCCAGGAAGUCCUCAAGCAGGGUAACUUCCAGAACGUCCUCUCCCGAGGUUUGAACGAGGCUGUCCGAGCCCUUGAGCGACGAGACGCCAUCGUCUGCCUCUUGGCCGAGAACUGCGACGAAGGAAACUACGUCAAGCUCAUCGAGGCUCUUGCCCGAGAACACUCCAUCCCAAUGCUCAAGAUUGGUGACAACAAGACCCUCGGCGAGUGGGCUGGUCUCUGCAAGCGAGAUCGGGAGGAGAACGCCCGAAAGGUUGUCGGAUGCUCUUGCGUCGUCGUUCGAUCCAUCGAAGACUGCGAAGCAUGGGACUUCCUCCAGGGACAGAUCCGAACCCAGGCCUAA